CCAGCCACCCUGAAAUCAGAAGCAUCCCAAGUUAGGCGGCGUAAAAAUCACAAUGCGGGCGCACCAGAGAGACCAGCAGCACGGUCUCGGCAUGAGCAGAGGAGCUUCAUGAAGCAGGUGUUUGGUUUUGAGUGCUCUGAUCUCUCCAGCUGGCAGCGAUUUGUCAGCCUGAUGAAUCGACCAACUGAUCCCGCUGGUCUCGGAGUAUUCCGCUUCCUCUUUGGUCUUCUUAUGGUUCUGGACAUCCCCCAGGAGCGCGGACUCAGUUACCUGGACCACAAGUACCUAGAUGGGCUGGACGUCUGCCGAUUCCCCCUUUUUAACAACCUUCAACCUUUGCCCCUGGACUGGAUGUACCUGGUCUACAUCAUCAUGCUCCUAGGAGCUCUGGGUAUAACUCUUGGAUGCUUUUACCGCCUUAGCUGCCUGCUAUUUGUAGUGCCGUACUGGUAUGUCUUCUUCCUAGACAAGACGACUUGGAACAACCAUUCUUAUCUCUACGGGUUGAUUGGAUUCCAGUUGACCCUGAUGAAUGCCAAUCGCUACUGGUCAAUUGAUGGCUUAUUCAGUUCUCGCAAACGCAAUGCACAUGUCCCACUUUGGAAUUACACUGUCCUCAGAACCCAGAUCUUCAUUGUGUACUUUAUUGCUGGAAUCAAGAAACUGGAUGCAGACUGGGUAGAAGGGUAUUCCAUGGGCACGCUAUCACGUCAUUGGCUCUUUGACCCCUUCAAGUUGUUUCUAACUGAGGAGAUGACAAACCUUGUGGUGGUCCAUUGGUGUGGUCUGUUCUUAGACCUGACUGCAGGAUACCUCCUCUUCUUUGAUGUCACACGCCCAAUAGCCAUGUUUUUUGUCAGCUAUUUCCACUGUAUGAAUUCCCAGCUAUUCAGUAUAGGUAUGUUCUCGUACACCAUGCUGGCCACUAGCCCUCUCUUCUGUUAUCCUGAUUGGCCACGAAGACUUGUGUCGAAACUGCCCCGCUGCCUACAUUGCUUUUUACCCCACACUCAGUCACCGCAGAAGAGUCCAGAGUGUGUCUACCCUGGUCAAAGGGGGAAAGGAAAUGCACAGUAUGGGCUGAGACAGAAACUAGGAGCCAUCUUUACUGUCCUCUAUAUACUAGAGCAGCUGUUCCUGCCAUAUUCACAUUUCAUUACCCAGGGCUACAAUAACUGGACAAAUGGCCUGUAUGGUUACUCCUGGGAUAUGAUGGUACAUUCCCGUUCUCACCAGCAUGUGAAAGUUACCUAUAAAGAUGGUGGCACUGGAGAGAUCGGAUAUCUUAAUCCUGGGGUAUUCACGCAGACCCGACGUUGGAAAGAUCAUGCUGAUAUGCUAAAGCAGUAUGCCACCUGCCUGCAUGGACUUCUUGGAGCAUAUAAUAUCUCUGAGCCUGAGAUAUACUUUGAUGUGUGGGUGUCUAUCAAUGAUCGCUUCCAGCAGAGGCUGUACGAUCCCACAGUGGACAUAGUGAAAGCCGAUUGGUCACCUUUCCAUAAAACACCUUGGGUUAAGCCAUUGUUAGUUGACCUGUCACCAUGGAGAUUAAAAUUCCAGGAGAUUGAGAGCUCUUUGGACAAUCAAACUGAUGUGGUCUUCAUAGCAGACUUCCCAGGCCUUUACCUGGAGAAUUAUCUGCAUGAGGAUUUAGGUAACACCAGUAUACACGUGCUGCAAGGGGAGGUCAGUGUUGAAAUUGUGAAGGACUCUAAAAACUUCACCCUGAAGGAGGGAGAUCGAAUGCAGUUGCCAGGUGGGGAGUACCACAAAGUGUUCACAGUGUCUUCGGGCCCCUCGUGUUACAUGUAUCUUUAUGUAAACAUCACAGCUGUGACCCUGGAGAAGAACCUCACGCGCCUGCAGGAGCUAAAGGAGAGGGUGGAAAAUGGCAGUGAGAGUGCACCCCUGCCACCAGAACUUCAGCCGCUUCUCUCAGGAACGUUAGAUGGAAUCAAUGUCACAGACCCUCUAGUUCUCACAUACCUGCGUAGACAGAAGCGAAUUGAGGAAGCAGAGCGCCGACGCAAUGCAACUGUCGUACAAAGAUUUGAGAAGUUUUUCAAUAAGAAGUAUUAUCUUCUUCGUCGCAGUUUCCUGAUGACAGUCAUUUCUCUGCGAAAUCUCAUUGUGGGCCGCCCAUCACUGGACCAGUUAGCAGACGAAGUAGCAUUUGCAAGUAUCAAAUAUGAGGAUUCAAGGCAGCAGGAAGACAAGACAAGAGAGCCUUCCACAAGGGAACCUGAACAUACAGAUCUGUAA